AUGAGCUCUCCAAGCAGGCGGAUGUCUAUCUCAAGUCCGAACCUUAACCCGCGCAGCCUCAGCCCUACUCUACCUCGGCUCGUCGUAGCCCCCAACGACGAUAGCGAAGAGUGGAUUGCGAGUUGGACGAAUACGCAUGUCGAGGAGCUCAUCGACGGUGAGGUGGUGGAGGUCGACGCAGAUACGACGGUCGAAGAUGCUUGCGAGCUUCUUCUCUCCAGUGAUGUUCCAUGUCUACUUGUAAAGGCGCCAGUGGACUCUUCCGACGGACCGCAUGCUGGGCUCUUUGAUUUUGCGGACGUCAAUGCUUUCUUGACCUCGGCAGCGACACGACAUACAUAUACACCCGAAUUCAUCGCUGAGAACCCUCGUGUAGCGCGCGUGCUUGAGGCCGCGAAGACCGGUCGCGUUCCUGUCGGGAUCGUGUCCAAUCUCUCCGGGAAGAAUCCGCUUCACGAGUUGGCAGCUGAUGCCAACAUCAUCGACUUAUUGAAGAUAUUCUGUACCGGAGCGCAUCGAGUCCUUAUCAAGUCUCCUCCCGGAACAGCCGGUACCCGCACCGGAAUGGUAUCAGACAUCCGAUUAUUGGCCUACUUCGCGUCAUUCGCGAAGCCUGCGCCAUCCAUGCCGCCAUCCCCCAUAUCGCCAGUUCCGCGACAAGCGCGCAGUCCAUACUCUCCAUCCGUGUCUUCGUCAUCUACAUUCCAGCGAUACCUCGGCAACGCACUACAAGCACUACCCCUCCCAUCUCUCGACCUUGGAACCGAUGUCAUUGCUUUGCGUUCAUCCGACUCGGUGUUGGACGCGAUGAAGCAGAUGAGCGAAGCAGGCGUCAGCUCUAUCGCGGUGCUUGACGCUGAAACGGGCGCUCUACUGAGCGCAGAAGCAUUAACUGCGCCGCUGCACACAUUGAUCUCGCAUAUCCGGUAUCCGCUCGGUGAGACAGAUGGUGCGGAGCGGUAUCCAGUCUACAGUGUGCUACCUUCUUCGACACUGUCGUACACCAUACAAAAGUUACUCGCUACCGGUGCUCAUCGUGUCUUUGUGACUUUGGACCCAGAGACAUCAGCGUCCCCUAGCUCGCUGAGCCCCAUAGGAAACCUAAGUGGAGUCGUAUCGAUCGUCGAUAUCCUCGCUCUCUUCGCGCGCCUCGCAAAUGUACACGAUGAUGAUUCUCGACGAGGUCACCGCCACCGGCGUGCGUCCUCGGCAUCGAGCCAGAACUCGUUUUCUGGGGCGAAUGCAGACCUUCGCAGGAACGUCUCAAUUGGAAGUGGAAGGAGUGGCGGUUUGCGAGUCUGA